ACCAUAAAACUAGACAAUACUCAUCUAUCACGUCUGGUAAUAUAUUUGAAAGAAUUUCACUCAUGCCGCGUCCAACAGAUCGCUCAGAAAUCCUUGCCCGGCUUCGAAAAGUCAUCUUUGAUGAUGGCGUCAUUGUUGGAGCGGGUGCCGGCAUUGGGCUUUCUGCCAAAUCCGUGGAACAGGGUGGGAGUGACUUGAUUAUAAUUUACAACUCGGGAAGAUUUCGAAUGGCCGGUAGAGGUUCACUAGCGGGUUUGAUGCCUUACAGUGAUGCCAAUGCCAUUGUAGUGGACAUGGCAAAUGAAAUCCUACCGAUUGUCGAGCACACCCCUGUCCUGGCUGGUGUGUGCGGAACAGACCCUUUCAGAAAUAUGCCCGAGUUUCUGGGCCAAUUAAAGGAGCUCGGAUUUUCAGGUAUUCAAAAUUUUCCUACAGUAGGCUUGAUAGAUGGCAAGUUUCGACAGAAUCUGGAAGAGACGGGAAUGGGAUACGACAAAGAAGUUGAAAUGAUCCGAAUCGCACGGGAAAUGGACUUUUUCACCACACCAUACGUGUUUAAUGUUGACGAAGCAAAACGUAUGGUUCGUGCUGGUGCAGAUGUUCUCGUCGCACAUGUCGGCUUAACCACUUCCGGAAGUAUUGGAGCCGAGACGGCCCUGUCAUUAGAUGAUGCUGUCAAAAUCGUUCAAGAUAUUCGCGACACAGCUGUGCGAAUCAACCCAGACGUUAUUGUUCUUUGCCACGGCGGCCCUAUUGCAGAGCCAAAGGAUGCCGAGUAUGUCCUCAACCGCACCAAAGGGGUUCAUGGGUUUUUCGGAGCGAGUAGCAUGGAGCGAUUGCCAGUGGAAAUUGCCAUCAAAGAGAAUGCACAGGCAUUCAAAAGCCUGAAAAUUGAGCGCAAAUAAAGUGCAAUACGUGAUGUAGCUGUUAUGGAAAAAUGGACAAGAAGGUAAAUGCAGACGUCACAUGAUGUGUCGAGAGUAACAAGCAUUCCGGUUACCACGGAACGGGCCUUGGGUGGUUCCACCUGGGGUCUCAAAGUGGGCUUCCUUCGAUCCAUGGAUGACUUGUUGAACGACGUCAGGGGAAAUAAGAAACAGAUAAAUAAAAGGAUAAUACAGUG